AGCCAAAUUGAAUUUGCAAUGUCAAUUGAUUACUAUAAGACACACUAAUCUGGUUAGUUUAACCCCAAAAAACAGAGCCGGUCAAAAGUCCUUUGGCAAGGACACAAAACUCAGCUUAUAUGUUUCACCUGCUCACUGCAAACAUUGUUUUAGUAUAUAUAUAUAAAUAUCUUUCUUGAUCUUUUUCCCUCCUCAAAUUGAUGUUCGGGGGGCACUGACACACCAAGUAGGAGAGAUAGGCACACAGAGAGAGAGAGAGAGAGAGAGAGAGAGAGAGAUCACCUAUCAGCACAGUACCCAGUUGCUCAAAAUCUAAGAAAGCUGCUCCUACUAGUUUAAGCUGUGCUGCUUACCAAGGUUGAAAGAAGUGACAAGAGCUUCUUCAACCUUUGUGGGCAUUUAUGAUCUCGGCCUCACAGAGCCAUUACAUGAAGAUUCUCUCUUUGGCUCUUGGAAAUGGCAGCCAUAGACAAACCCCACGUUCUUGUUGAUGUGGAAGAAGAAGACGGGGUUCACCGCCGGAGGUCCGACGCCAGCUCAGACGGAUCAGACGAGGAGGAGAGGUGUUCAAGUGAGUCUGCGUCUGAGAUUGUGGAGAGGGAAUCCUCUGUGUCAGAGAGUUCAGUGGAUCUGGAAUGUGAGGUAGCUGAGGUUAAGAUGCACGUGGCAAAGGUGGAGAGGGACUGUAGGAUUUGUCAUCUGAGCAUGGAUGCAACCAAUCAUGAAUCUGGGAUUCCUAUUGAGUUGGGCUGUUCUUGUAAGGCUGAUUUGGCUGCUGCCCACAAGCAGUGUGCUGAGGCUUGGUUCAAAAUCAAGGGUAACAAGACCUGUGAGAUCUGUGGAUCAACUGCACGUAAUGUAGCGGGUGUGACUGAAGCUGAGUUGGUGGAGCAGUGGAGUGAAACAAAUGAUACUGCAAUGGCCACAUCAGCAGCUGCCCCUGUGCAGACAGCAGAGAGCCGGAACUUCUGGCAGGGUCACCGGUUCCUGAAUUUCUUGCUAGCUUGUAUGGUCUUUGCUUUUGUCAUCUCUUGGCUCUUUCACUUCAAUGUACCCUCGUGAGAAACUGUUAUAAAGUUAUGCAUUUAUAUUCGGUGAUGAUAGAGGGAUAGCAAACAAGAACUGGGAGGUACUAUCCUUAUUCCCUAGGUUGGAGUUAGCUGUUUCUCUGUCUGCUUGUUGUUUAUAUAUUAGUAAGCCAAGCUAGCUUGAGCAGGUUGUGUAAUGUAUGUUUUCAUUUCUAAAUUCAAUUUGGACCACCAAAGUAGUUUCUUGUACUGUAGUAACUUCAGAUGCUUUAUUGGGCCAGAAAAGAGAAGCAACCAACUUAUAAGAUUUCUGGCAGAUGCUUCACUUUUGGAAUUGGCGUUUGAUGUAUUAAGCAGAUAAGAUGGAUAGUGAUGUAAUUUAAGUUCAUUCCAAUGAAAGCAAUGUUGUGUC